AUGAUAAGAGAUGAAAAGGGUGCACGACUGCAACAGCCUAUUGAAUAUGAGUGGAAACCACUCUACUGCCAACGUUGUCAUUGGGUCGGUCAUAAUUGUGACAAGCCUUCUAAGCUUACCAAAGAAUGGAAGGUGAAGAUAAAAGAGCAGCCACAACAAGGAAAGGUGCAAACUAAUGUUGAUACAGAUGGAACAAUAGAAGCAGGGGACACUAGCAACGCAAAGUCUGAUGAAAUAUGGACGAUGAUCACUAACAAUAGCAAAGGGAAAGGACAAGGAGUUGCCAAUGAGGAUGGGACGAUCCAAUGCCACAAUGGUUUUGGGCUGCUGGGGAUUUUGAAUGACCCUGGAAGCGGUCAAAACACUAACAAAUGA